AUGCGUCUGCGUCUGUCCCAGUCCUCCACGACUCUUUCCCUGGAGGCCGCCGCCCCCUGCUCGCCACCGCCACACGCCAUCGGGGGGGCGUCGCCCGCCACCGGGGGGGGGGCGGGGCCCGGGGGGGGGGCGGGGCCCACCGUGGGGGGGGCGGGGCAGAGGCGGGUGGUGCUGAGGAGGACCCCCGCCACCCCGGCCCCCAUGGAGGAGCCCCAGGAGGCGGAGCCUGAGCCUGAGGGGGCGGAGCCUGAUCCUGAGUGGGCGGAGCCUGGGCCUGAGUGGGCGGAGCCUGAUCCCGGCAUGGGGGGGGCCCUAAUGGCCCUGGAGGGCCGGCCUGCCCCCCCCCUCUCUGAGCUGGACAGCAGCAGCUCCUUCAGCAGCCUGGACUCAGACUCUGACCCAGACCAGGACCAGGACCUGGACCAGGACCAGAACCUGGACCGGGACCGGGACCGGGACCUGGACCGGGUCCGGGGGGGUCCAGGGCGGCGCCCCCCCCUCCUGGAUCCUUAUUGGCCCCCCGAAAAACGCCUGACCCGCCUGGUGGGGGCGCUCUCCCGGGACCGCGGGUCCCUGUUCGGGGGUCGGGUCCAGGACUUCCUGCUGGAGCAGAGGGGGGCGCUGCAUUCGCUGACCGGGUCCGGGGGGGGGGGGGGGGGGGGGGGGGGGGGGGGGGGGAGCUCCGUGGAGCUGCUCCAGGGCCUCCGGCGGUUCCUGACCCAAGCCAAGAUCUGCCUGCUGGAGUCAGGAGAGCUGCAGCCCCCCAUAGAGACCCUGGUGCCCGAGAGGGAGAAAGUUCAGGCGCCGGGGGGGAAUGGAGCCAUCGACUCGGUCUGGGGGGGGGGGGGUCACGGGCCCAAGCCUGACCCCGGUCACCAGGACGAGGGCCAAUCAGAGCAGAGCCACGGGUCAGAGCCCCAGGCCGACCUGGCUUUGGAGCGUUCCCUGUUCUCCUGUGUUCUGCGGCCCUUGCGGGUUCCUCUGCAGCGGGCCCUUCAGGCCCUGCACAGCCGGGACGGCUCCUCCCACCGGCUGAGCCAGGGCCUGCUGCGUUUAAAGGCCCGCCGCGUUCCCGGCGGCGUUCCCGGCGGCGUUCCCGCCGGCGUUCCCGGCGGCGUUCCGCUGGAGCGCCUGCGGCAGAAGCUGCUGCUGAUGAGACGCUCGCACUCGCCCAUCGAUAAGGUUCUGCUGCUGCUGCAGGUGUGCCAGAGCGUGCACCGCGCCCUGCGCCCCCCCGACCUGGCAUUGGAGCGUUCCCUGUUCUCCUGUGUUCUGCGGCCCUUGCGGGUUCCUCUGCAGCGGGCCCUUCAGGCCCUGCACAGCCGGGACGGCUCCUCCCACCGGCUGAGCCAGGGCCUGCUGCGUUUAAAGGCCCGCCGCGUUCCCGCCGGCGUUCCCGGCGGCGUUCCCGACGGCGUUCCGCUGGAGCGCCUGCGGCAGAAGCUGCUGCUGAUGAGACGCUCGCACUCGCCCAUCGAUAAGGUUCUGCUGCUGCUGCAGCUGUGCCAGAGCGUGCACCGCGCCCUGCACCCCCCCGGGCAGGAUGUGAGCUGGGACCACUUCCUGCCGGCUUUAUCCUCUGUGAUCGUGGAGUGCAACCGGCCGCACCUCCUGAUGGAGGUGGAGUUCAUGAUGGAGCUGCUGGACUCCUCCUGGCUGGGGGGAGAGGGUACGACCCCCGACCUCUGA